AUGCCCCGCAAACGCGCUGCCGAGGACUCGAACACGUCCAGCUCGAAGAGCCAGAAAUCAACCGCGACUCAGUCUCCAAAUCGGUCUACUAAGCCUCGAAGCAAGCGCUGGUCUGCAGUAUCGGUGUCCGCUAACCUCGAGAAAUCGUAUGAGGAACAUCGCGACUACAAUGCUUAUCGUUGUCUCUGUCAGGGGCGGGUCGACGGAAAAUUCGAUAACGACGACGACGAGGAUGACGAUGACGAUGACGAUGAGGAUGGGGAUGAUGAAGACGAGGAUGAGAGCGAAGGCGAAGAAAACGACGUAGCUCGCUCAAGCAAAGCCAAGUGCGAUGGCGGCAAAACGUGUAUCUGCCAAAAACCUGCUGCAGAACAUCCGGAUCACCCCUUGACUAUCACCGUCGCCGGCUGGGAAAAGUUCGUUCACCAGAUGAUACAUACCAAUCUGCGCAUCCCAGACAACUUUGGCAUGUACAUUUUCAACGACUUUGCGGGUUACGGCGUCCUUGAAAUUCUCCAAAAUCUUGUUCUUGACUUCGUCGAAGCCAAGGACAACUGGAAGGAGCAGUGGGCAGUAUGCGAGGCAAUUCCGUUCUAUUGGAUGUCCGAAGCACCCAUGCCUUUCUCGAUGCUAGAUAGAGAUACAGUUCAGGGCACCUACAGUCUUCUCGGGCGCAUGUUCGUGACUAUGCUCGCCACUCUUGAGUCCAAGGACCUCCUCAAACCAGACUCAGAGAUCAAGAAUCUGGGCGUCAUAAUGGGUCUCUGGAUCGAACUUACCGACGAACUGCGACAGUACAAUUGUCUCGAGCCUGAGAUUGACGACACGUUUGACGGCGCAAAAUUGGAUUCUUACGUCUUGGAGUACUCCAAGAAAUACCAAAUCGAGUUGCAGGGUCCAUCCAAGCUCAGCAAACUUGUUAGGGCGAUCGAAGCAGACUAUGCCGAUGCGGCGGAAGAUGGUGUAGAAACUCCCAUCCCUGUCCUACCAGCCCGCUCUGCUGACCCGUGGGGGUGGUCGGCUGAAUACAAGGCGUAUGCAAAAGAUCUUGGUACAAUUACCUUCGUGAAGAAGAAGGGCAUGGGAGGCGACAGCUUCGACAUCACCUCCUGGAGCAGUGCCGAGCGAAAGAAGCAGGCAUUUGACAAGAAAGACCCCUUUGGCAAGAAGGAGAUCGAGGACAUCAAAGCCGGCAUGAUUCUGCAGCUGGGAUAG